GCCCCAUCCCUGACACAAGGCCUCUUUCUUGUACUGUAAACAAGCAGAAGUGUUAGCGCUGCACGUGUUGUUGGGUUUUGUAUUUAUAACAAGGCGGCCCGGGCGGGAUCACGUGCUGCUGCUGCUGCUGCUGGGGAGGAGGAGGGGACCUGGCUCCGGCUCCGGCUGUGGCUCUGCUGCUGCUGCUGCCGCCGCCGCUGCUGGUGAUGGCUUCUCCACUUCCUCCUUGUGUGACAGAGCAGCAGCAGCAGCAACAGCCCAUACAGUACAUGCAUACAGCGCAGCUCUGGGGAGCUGAUCAUUGCCCUCAGUUCUGAAAUUCCCGGGACCCCGCAGCAGCCGCACACUGGAUUCCUCUCUUCGUGUCCUGGAAGAGGGACAAUAUGAGUGCAGGAGACGUGGUCUGCGAAGGCUGGCUCAUCAAAUCACCCCCAGAGAAGAAGCUGAAGAGAUAUGUAUGGCGGAAACGCUGGUUUGUACUACGGCGGGGGAGAAUGAGUGGAAACCCAGACGUAUUAGAGUAUUACAAGAAUAAGCACUCCAAAAAACCAAUCAGAGAAAUCUACCUGAAUGAAUGUGAAGUGCAGAAAUACUUUGGUGUGAACCUGAUAAAGAAGGAAUUUCAGAAUAGCUUUGUGUUCAUUGUGAAAACUGCUCUUCGCACAUUCUACCUUGUGGCCAGAACAGAGGAAGACAUGCAGACCUGGAUAUACAAUAUCAGCCGUAUCUGUAACUUUGGACAGCUGGAAGAUGGCACAGAUUCUGUAGAGAGCCUCUCUCAUACCACCUCCUCAGUCCAAGCUUCACCAGCAGUCUCCACUCACACGUCAAGAAUCACAGACCCUUCCUUCUCUGUGGACAGCUCAGCUGCAGACACCUCAACAGAAGAGAACAGGAGUGAAUCAGAAUCAAUAUUCAUCCCAGACUAUCUGUUUUUAUCAAACUGUGAGAGUGGGAAACUAAAUACUACCAGAUGUGAUGCUUGGUCAAACUCCGAUAAGUCUCUCGAGCAGACAUCUUCUGAUGAUGUGUUUCUUGACAACUUACCAACCCAGGCUCUCUACAAUGUUAACUUUCAUCAUAAUCAUAUGCAGUCUACUGCUUUCCAUAUCUUCAAAGACUUAGAAUCAAAUGGUUCAUCUAGUGACUUCUCCUCAUCCUCCCCACUGCUGGGGCCUUCUUCAGCACAGACAUUUUUAGUUGAGAAAAGUCACAGUGGAGUCAGUGACACUGAAAUAUUACCCAUCACUCCGCCACCAAGACCUCCCAAACCAAUCCAUUUUCCUGACCUGAGGGCUGACGCCAUUUUCACUGGAAGCAUCCAGAAUGGACAUUGUUUAUCUGGAAUGGAGCCAAGACGGAUUUCACUCUCCAGUCUGGACAGUGUUAGCAACUGGAAAGGUGACUUGGAAGACUGCUGUCUAAGAAGCAGAGACAAGAGGCUCAGUCUAAAUCUGCCGAGGUUUACACCACUUUAUUCCUUCACAUCAGACAUUUCAGAAGACAGCUACGUCCCUAUGAAUCCAAAUACCUCGCCGCCAGUUUCUGAGUCAGAUUGCAGCACAGAUGGGUAUAUACCUAUGAGUCCAGUAACUGCAGCUUUCACCUUCCCAGCACCAGCCAACUCAAAGGUUUCUAGUCCAUUGCCUGAACUCCCGGCAGACCUAGAACCCCCUCCAGUAAAUCGCAAUCUCAAGCCACGUAGAAAGAUGCGCCCACCACCCUUGGACCUGCGGAAUCUUUCUACAAUUCGAGAACAUUCCCCGGCGACAAGAACAUGGACUGUGCCUUACAAUCGGACCAGCUUUAUCUCCCCAGAAAGUGAAUGUAUUAGCUCAGCACAUAUCUUUGCCAGUUCUGUCUCAGGAGAAGAGGAGGAGUUCUAUACUGCAAUGGAACAUCGACAAGGGGUAUCCCCUAGUAGUGGAAGUUUCCCAUGGCCUAGGAAGUUCAACCUCGACUAUCUUGCAUUAGAUUUUAACUCUGCAUCUCCAUCUCCAGUUCAAAAGAAACCUUUCCUGUCUGAAGAGCAGAAAGUGGAUUAUGUGCAGGUGGAUGAGAAGAAGACUCUAGCUCUUCAGAACACUAAACAAGAGUGGUCUGAUGAGAGACAAUCAAAAGUAUAAAGAAGUGUUCAUUUGAAGUUUUUUUUAUGUUUUGCACUAGACUAUUACAUUUUGAUAUAGCAGCUAAAAGGACAUUUUUCCUUUAUCUCUGAAUUUUCACUCUGCAAGGGAGAAAAUGAAAGCCAAGGGACAAACUGUAUUUAUUUCCCAUAGUAGUGGGUUAUGCUGAGAGAUUUGUAUUAAAACACGUCAUGCAACCUGUCCUAACGCUGGCUGUAUGCAUAAAUCACACGUACGGGAUUACCUGUAACAGCCAGAAGUAAUUGUUAUGAGGUCUUCAACAGCGUGUGGAAUAAUAUGUUUCUAAAGCAUACACAUUACCAAUUUAUUUCUGAUAAGCCAUAAGAAAUCUUGAAAGAUAUUCUAUAAUAAUGAUCUUCCUCUAGAGUGAAACAACAAUAUUCCCCUUAUGCGGGAUUGAUUUUCUCUCGCCUGUCGUAGUGAACAUUCGCCAUUUUGGUGUUGAGCAGGUGCAAUAAUUUCCAAAGUUUUUCUAUGUUUAUAUUAUUAGUGGCACUGUGGUUUCUGCACUGCACUCAAUUUUACGAAAUGUCUAUUUUUUAAGUUCAUGAUAAAGCUUCUUACCUUACUGGGAAGCAAAAAUGGCAGCACUGUGUUGGAUGUAAAGAAAAUGACGUAUAGAAUUUUAGUAUGUUAAAAAAAAAAAAAAGCACUGAAUCUCUAAAAAUAAUUGAACACAGGUUGUAUUAUAGGGCUUGAUAGUUGCAGUCUUCAGUGUAUAGUGUAGUGGAUAAGGAUAUCUCUACAAGUGUAAAUAGCACAAUUAGUGUAGUAUAAGUAAGAUGUACACUGUAAUUCUCUCCUGAGAAUGUGGUCUUGUUAUCAGGCACUUGUAAAUAGUCAAUUAACUGUUUAAAAUGUAUGGAAAUUCCUUUUUCAAACCCAUUGAGAUUAAAACUAUACAUGAGA